CCCCCGAUUUUCAACAUGAAGGAAGCAAACAUGGCUUUCCCUGUGAGUAUGGGGGCUCUGCUUCAGGCAGACCUCAAGGAGGAUGCUGCUUACCGGGACGACGGUUUGUGUGUUGUCGGUAUUUUCGGUAAAAGCAACAUGCAGCCCGGGCCGCCGAAGGAGUCUAUCAUCAACAGUUUAGCGGACAAACACAUCUUCUCGCUGUUCGGCGGGCCGGAGGACGGCGGCACCGCGGACAGCAACAUCCAGGCUUUCUACCACCAGGAGAGCCGGGUGCUCUACCUGCUGCUGUCCUCCGUCUGCGACAGCCGGCAGCUGCUGCGGGCCUGCGAGUCUCUGAGCGCCGGGACCGGGCACUCGGAUGCCCACGACUUCUGGAAAGGACUGGACAGACAGCACUGCCUCCACCUGCUCUACAUGUUCUCCGUGUGCCACGUCCUGCUGCUCGUCCACCCCAACCAGACCUUUGAUGUGACCUACGACCGGCUCUUCAGAGCCCUGGACGCCCUGCGGCAGAAGGUGCUCCCUCUGAUCCGGGCUGCCAUCAAAGACUGUCCGGUGUCCAAAGAGUGGAAGGUGAACUGUCGACCCUGCCCUCCACGGCUGCUCUUCGUCUUCCAGAUGAACGGCCCCCUGAAGGUUUCUGCAAACGGCUCAGAAUCCGGAGGAAACCCCGACAAGCCCAAAAAGCACUCUCCCAGGCGGAGGCUGCAGCACGCCCUGGAGGACCAAAUAUACCGCAUUUUUCGUAAAAGCAGAGUCCUGACCAACCAAAGCAGCAACUGCUUGUUCACCGUGCCAGCCAACCAGGCGUUUGUGUACGUGUUACCCUCAGCAGACGAGGACCCCGUGGGUGCCGUGCUUGGUCAGCUGCGGUCCAACUGCAUCCUGUGUGAACCAGAAUCCACCGUGGUGGUGUCAGGGCCAAGGCGUUAUCAGCAGAUUCGUCGUUCGGCUCGGCAGUCUGGCUUCAGUGUAGACACGGGCAGCAUGUCAAUGGGUGGUCAGCUUGUGGACUGCAGCUUGAAGGAAUUCCUCUGGCAGCACGUGGAGCUCGUUCUGACCAAGAAAGGCUUUGACGACAGUGUUGGCCGCAACCCACAGCCUUCACACUUUGAGCUGCCGACCUACUCCAAAUGGGUCCAGGUCGCCUCCAGACUGCACCAGGUCCUGAUUAGCAACACAGAUGAUGAAAUAGCAGAACUAGCCACAAAAGUGCAAGGCCAGCUGAAGGUUUUGGAGGGUUUUCUCGAGGCUGACACAAAGUUCUCUGAGAACAGGUGCCAGAAAGCUCUUCCACUGGCUCACAGCGCUUACCAGUCCAACCUUCCCCAUAACUACACCACUACAGUGCAUAAGAACCAGCUGGCCCAGGCUCUGCGGGUGUACAGCCAGCAUGCCAGAGGCGUGGCCUUCCAGCGAUAUGCACUGCAGCUUCACGAGGACUGCUACAAGUUCUGGAGCAACGGCCACCAGCUGUGUGAGGAGCGAAGCCUGACUGACCAACACUGUGUUCACAAGUUCCACCUGCUGCCUCAGACAGGAGAGAAGCCAGACAUGGAUCGCAACCCACCCAUCCUGAACCACAACAGCAGGGGGCGCUCCACCAGCUCCUGUAACUGUGGGAGGAAACAGGCUCCGCGAGAGGAUCCCUUCGACAUCCAGGCUGCCAAUUAUGACUUCUACCAGAUGCUGGAAGAGAAAUGCUGCGGGAAACUGGAGAGGAUUGAGUUUCCCGUGUUCCAGCCCAGCACUCCUGACCCAGCUCCAGCCUCCAACCAAGCUCAGCGACUCCCAAAUGAGGCCUCAGGAUCUGGUGAGGCGGAGAGGCUGAAGGAGCCAAGCACUGCUCAGAGCCACACACCUGGAGACACCAGCCUCAGCCUGGCUCUCAGUCUGGGCCAGUCCACAGACAGCCUGGGGCCCUACGGGGAUGGAGAUGGAACCGAAACCCAAGUCCAGCAAAAGAGGCCAAGCCUUGUUGACCGGCAGCCCUCCACGGUGGAGUACCUACCAGGUAUGAUGCACUCUGGCUGCCCCAAGGGCCUGCUACCAAAGUUCUCCAGCUGGUCGCUGGUCAAACUGGGCCCAGCCAAGUCGUACAACUGCCACACCGGUCUGGAACAGCCAGGCUUCCUCCCCGGCUCCUCCUUCCUCCUGCCGUGGGAUUUGGUCAUCCGCUCUCGGUCGGAGGAGGACACGGGAUUGACAGAGCCUUUGGAUGGGGGCACCUCCUCUUGGCCAGCCCCCAACAAGACCCUUGUUGGAAAGCGGGGGAGCACCGGAGGGCUUGGUCGGAGUCGCAGAAGGGACGACAUGGCUCGGAUCUUCGUGGGGUUCGAAUAUGAAGACAGCAGGGGUAGACGCUUCAUCAGCUGUGGUCCGGAUAAGAUAGUGAAGGUGCUGGGACCAGGGGGUGCCAAAGAUCCAGCCACCAGGGUGCUUAACACGGACAUGCCGCUGUACAUCCCAUCCCCAUCACAGGGCCGUGGCCUAAAGCCUCACUAUGCUCAGCUGACUCGCCUUUUCAUUGUGGUGCCAGAUGCCUCGCUGGAGGUUACCCUCAACCCACAAGUACAGCCCGGUCCUCCUCCCUGCCCAGUCUUCCACCCAGAGCAGACCGAUUUAGUGUUGCCGCCUGAUGGUCUUUGGGUUCUGCGGUUCCCUUAUUCCUACUCAACAGAUCGCGGACCAUGUUACCCCCCCAAAGAGAACCAACCACUCAACAACUACAAGGUUCUGCGAGGCAUCCUGAAAGCCACGACUGCUAACCCUCCACCACAAUAAACCUUUACUGUAUGAAGGACUUCUUAUUUAUUUUCACCUCCUGAUUUAGGCUGUGAAUACUUCUGUUUGUCAGUUGGUGGCCCCCAGACCUCUAAAGACUACAUCAGGUCAUAGAUCUGGUUGGAUUUUGUUGCUAACUGAUUCAUUAGGUGCACUUAAAGAUCCAAACUAUUAAUUUAAAUGUUGGGUGAAAUGCACAUGGAGGUGCUUACAGCGCUUACGACUACGUCAUGGUUAUUGGAAAAGCUAAGUUUAACAGAAAACCUCAAACCAGUUUUUAAAGGUUUAAACAUUCUUGCGGUCAUUUUGGGAAAAUCUCAAAUUGGGGGGAGGAAAUUGUCGUUUUAGUCUGGACUGAGGACUGAAAUGGAGAGGAAAAGAUGCAUUUAACCAGCUGAAUGUGGAAAGCUCCUGUAGGAGUAGGACUGUAAAGAGGCGAUUAGUAUCAAUCAUGUGUAAUCAUGUGUAUUCUGGACCAUUUCACUUUAAGUCCCCCUAUUUACCAUUUAUUAACAUUUUAACUACUGUAAAGAAGUUGUAUGUAGAUAUUAAUCCUUAUUAAUGUAUUUUUCAGCGACUUCUACUUUCUGUCAGCUGUGGGCACCCAUAAGUGUAGGCUGCAGAUAACAUAUUACUAUAUAGUACAAAAGGAUAUGUCUUUCUAAGUUAUAAUUACUGACAAAUAUUGUACAUUAACUUUACAACUACAUUUUAUUGUAUUAUAAACCUUUAGUUUAAUGUUCAUGCCCUGCUCAUAAAUACAAAAAAGGGGGACAUAAAGUAAGUUGUUUGCUGUAUUCUGCAUCAUGUGUCUUAUUACGAUUACACUGAUUACAACUUAGACAGACACCUCAUACACUGGGGACUGGAGGGGAACAUGUUCAUGUUAUUCUGUAAAUAAAACAAGUGUUUGUCAUUUUUUGUCAGA